AUGUCUUCUUCUUCCGCCGCCAAACAGCGCCUCCAAGCUCUUAGCAAGCAGCUUGUUGAAGGCAUCCCCGACGAGGGGACUUUCGAGGAUAUCUCCAAAAUCCGGCACAUUGCUCAGGACUCUGCAGGCCCUCGAACAAAAGAUAAGGUCGUCAUUGUUACUGGUGCCAACUCUCCCAAUGGUAUUGGUCGUGCCAGCGCACACCAAUUCGCCAAUAAUGGCGCGAAGGCGGUCUAUCUCUGCGAUUUCAGCGACUCCCAUCUCGCAACUCAUAAGCGGGAGAUGGAGUCUCUCUACCCCGGUGUAGAUGUGCAUGUUCGUCAAUUUGACGCCGGGGACGAGAAAGCCGUGUCCGGCGUCAUCGACGAGGCGAUCUCCAAGUACGGCCGCUUAGAUAUUUUCUUCGCCAAUGCUGGAAUCGUAGGACAACCGAAGAUGUUCACUGAGAUUGAUGGAGAUGGUUUCAUGAACACUAUGAAAACGAACGCUCUUGGAGUCUUCCUGGCGGCUAAGCACGCUGCCCCUGCUAUGAAGGUCACUUCUGAAUCCAAGCCAUACCCCAGCGGCUCAAUCAUCUGCACAGCCUCGGUAGCCGGACUUCGGUCCAACGCCGGCUCAACCGACUACUCCGCCUCCAAGGCGGCAGUGGUUUCUAUUGCCCAGACCUGCUCGUACCAGUUGGCCGGGACCGGUAUUCGUAUCAAUGCAAUCUGUCCCGGUCUGAUCGAGACCGGCAUGACACAGUCUGUCUUUGAUCACGCUAAGAAGCGCGGCACCACUCGCAAGAUUGGGCAGUUGAACCCUAUGCAGCGUGGUGCCAUCCCGGACGAGGUCGCGCGGGUGGCAUUGUUCCUGGGUAGUGAUGAGAGCAGCUAUGUCAAUGGCCAGGCGUGGGCUGUGUGCGGUGGAUUGAGUGCUGGACACCCUGUCGUCCCUGGAAAGUUGGCAUGA